AUGAAUCUGCCUGGUUUACAGGAUGUACGAGGUGUCAGUGCCACGUUCCUUUCAGACCUGGAAGGGAACUUUGAGAAUAAUAUCUUCUCCUUCCAAGUACGUGACGUGGUCCUGAACCAUGCCCCAGACUUCCGCCGGGUCUACCUGCCUUUUGUCACCAACCAGACCUAUCAGGAACUCACCUUCCAGAACCUGAUGAAUAGCAACAGCGAUUUCCGAGAGGUCUUGGAGAAGCUGGAGAGAGACCCCGUCUGCCAGCGCCUUUCCCUCAAGUCCUUUCUGAUUCCGCCCUUCCGACGCAUCACCCGCCUCAACCUGCUGCUCCAGAACAUUCUGAAGAGAACACCUGGCUCCUGGGAGGAAGCAGAGGCCGCGAAGGCGCACCACGCCCUGCAGCAGCUGAUCCGGGACUGCGAUGACCACGCCCAGAGAAUGCAACGGACCCAGGGGCUAAUCUACCUGAGCCAGAAGAUGGAGUCUGAGUGCACAAUAUUCCCACUCAUUUCUCAGUCACGCUGCCUGGUAAAGAGCGGGGAGCUGACCGCCUUGGAGUUCAGGGUGUCCCCAGGGCUGCGAAGGGAGCUGAGCGCGCGUCCAGUCCACCUGCACCUCUUCAGUGACUGCUGCUGCCUCGGCCCAGAGGGUAGCCGAUUCCUGGUAUUUGAGCAUGCUCCCCUCUCCUCCUGGGGGGAGAAGUGCGAAAUGAGGCUACACGGACCUCGCAAAAACCUGUUCUUUCUGCGGCAAAACACUGGGGGCGCCCGGGCCGAGUUCCUCUUCCGCACGGAGACGCCAAGAAAGCUUCGGCGGAUCUCAGCCUUGGCCAUGCCGAGAGAGGAGCUGGACCUUCUGGAGUGACGACUGCCCCAAGUGCAGCGCCUUCGAGCCUACAAGCCCCGAGAGAAUGACGAGUUGGCCCUGGAGAAAGCCGACGUGGUGAUGGUGACCCGGCAGAGCAGUGACGGCUGGCUGGAGAGCGAGAGGCUCUCGGAUGGGGAGCGAGGCUGGCUUCCCGUGCAACAGGUGGAGUUCAUUUCCAACCCAGAGGUCUGUGCACGGAACCUGAAGGAAGCUCAUCGAGUCAAGACUGCCAAGCUACAGCUGGUGGAACAGCAAGCCUAAUGUUCCCUGAUUGGAGUUUCCUGAGCUGAAGAACAAGCUGCUCGUGGCAAGGGCUGGCCCCAGAACCCUGCAAGAGAGGCCUUCUGUGGACGGAGAACCAGGCCUUCUCAAAGCCCAAGGACAAAAUCCAGCUAACCCAGACCCUCGGCCCAGGCCUCCUUUUGUGCUUUGUGCUUGGUGAGGGGAUUUCGAGGGACUUUGCACUGGACUCUGGGAACCUUUCAUUUUAGGAAAAGGGACCACCGGGGCCUGAGCCAAGGAACUUCCCUGCGACUGCCUUACAGUGCUUCAACAUUCUCCUCCUCUCAGGUGCAGAGGCGGAGCUGGCCAGAGUUUCAGUGAUGGCCAUUUCUUAAACAGAAUCUGACCUCAGUCUCCUGGACGGAGAUUAAGAGGGGUUAACACAUCAGAUGGGAGGGUCAGCCCGGUGACCUCUAAGGUAUCUUCCAACCCUGGAAACUCUCCAAAAUUAUUGGUGAGAGGUCAGUGUGUCUCUGAGAUCUAUGUCUGUUGGUGGCAAUGUGAGGGUAAUACUCUCUCACGCUAAUAAACUUGGCACCUCUC